AUGGAACCUAACUUCUACACAGCACUCAGAGGCUACGGGGCGAACAGAACCUUUUUCGCCUAUUUUUCUGAAUUCAGGUCUUCUAACCAUAUUCUUAUACCUACCAUCGAGACAGUUGCCCUAGUGUUGGUUUUUCUGAUCUCCUUGCUGACCAAUGCCUGCAUGAUGGUGCUCAUUGUAAGGGGCAAGAGACUCAUCAAUUUCCAGUGUCUGGUGCUGAAUCUCUUCCUGGCAGACAUAGCGUUUGUGGCUGUCAUUCCAAUCAUCAUUGUCGUUCGCUGGACUGGAUCGUGGACUCUUGGAGCUUAUACGUGUCGCUCCCUUUUGUAUGUCAUGGCCACAAGUGGUGAGGUGGCCAUUAUCACUGUGGCUGCCAUUAGCAUUGAGCGAUCAAUCUCCAUUCUCAAUCUGCGAUUGAAAGCUCCGCUGCAUUGCAAGUUGGUGAUGGCAGUUAUACUAACGAUUUGGCUGUUUUCUGCCAUCACAUCUCUGCCCCUCUGCAUAUAUUUUCACGUGAUGACCAUUCAGUUUAAAGACCAGGAAUAUCAGAUUUGCACUCUGGUGUGGCCCAAUACAGUGCAUGAAAUCAGCUGGGAUGUGAUCUAUGGCCUAUUGAUCUUCAUCAUUCCAGGGUUAAUCAUUGUCAUCAGCUACACAAAGAUAUUAAAGAUUACCAAAGCCACCAGGAAAAGGUUACAAGCCAGCAGGCUGUGCUCAGUUUACCAACAAGAAAUCCGAGUUUCCAGGCAGGAUUAUUGGCUCUUCCGGACACUUCUGCUCCUCAUGAUUUCCUUCUUUAUCAUGUGGGCACCUGUAUCUCUUGUCAUCUUCUUGAUUCUAGCACAGAACUUUAAGAAGGACCUGUUGUUAACCUCCACCUUGUUUUUCUGGAUCUGCACAUUUACACUCACCAACUCGGCUGUGAAUCCUAUCUUAUACGGUGCCACUCAGUUCAAAGGUGAGUGGCGACAAAUGCUUUGUUUCUGCCAUUUGAAACACCGUGGCACAGCAGCACCAGAAUGUACAGUCCCAAAAGUCAGAACUCAAGUGUCCCAGGCAGCACCAUCUGUCAUUUGCAAUUAA